GUGAACUCAGGCGUGAACUAACCGUGAUGUUUCAACGCCUAGAAAAUGAAGCCCAGAUUUUGCUACUUCCUGGUCGCCAUUUUGGAUUUUUUGGAGCCAGUGACGUAAAAAGCGUCAUCAAACAGACUGGACCGGAGAGCAACUAGGGGCAGGAUUGGCUGAGGACUCUCUUAUCCCGCCCACAUUUUACCGCAGAGGCUUCUGUUGCUGUCUAUCAAGUAUAGCCACGCCCCCUGGCUUCGCCAACUUUAACGAUUUAUUUAAAAUUCAGUAUUGAUUUAUUUUAAGAUCGGCCACCUGAUCUCUCAUUUUGACCAUGAAAACUAACGGGAAAAAAAUCCUGAGCUGUAGAACAUCAGUCUAUCAAAUUUUAUUUUUUCCAAAAAUGAAUGGGUGUCUAUGGAGAAAAAGCUUUUUGGAGCCAACCCUAGUGGACGGCGAGAUAAUGCAAGUUUUUGACACUUCGGGGUGGGCUUCAUUUUUGGAGCCAGAUGCUACGUCCUUCUUUAUAUACAGUCUAUGGGUGAACUGUUGAAGCUGACUGUUUUGGCCCCGCCCCCUUGGUAGGUGUGCUCCCCCCCUCUCUGCCUCACCUGUCCUGUUCUACCUGAGCUUCCUACACGUUUGUCUUCUUCACUGCUUCAGUGUCCAGGUGUGUUUGGGUCUCACCUGUCUGAGAUGUUGGAGGAGUCGGUCGGCCUCGGUGCCGUCACCGUGCUGGCUGUCCUGGAGCAAGCUUAUUUCUCCCUGCAGGUGAUUUACGCCAGGAGGAAGUAUUCAGUUUCUCCUCCCGCCACCGCUGGACCGCCGGAGUUUGAGAGGAUCUUCAGAGCUCAAGCAAACUGUUCCGAGUAUUUUCCCAUCUUCCUCACCGUGCUGUGGACCGCCGGACUCUUCCUCAGUCCAGGAAUGUCUUCAGUCUGUGGUUUGCUGUAUUUAUACGGACGCCUGCUUUACUUCUGGGGAUAUUCUGAGUCUGCACACAGACGUCUGGCUCCGCUCUACUUCAGCGCUCGGGUUCUCUGGGUUCUCAUCGGGUUCUCGUCUCUCGGACUUUUCCUGACGUUCUGCAGAGUUUACCUGAAGCUGGACGUCCUGCUGGAGCUCUGGACCGCCGUCGCCCUCUACUGACCCGGAGGAUGAACCGUCACAAAUGUUCAGCUGUUCUUGUUUUUUGUCGUUUUGUCUGACGUUUGUCGUUUGUCCAUUUUUAUGUCGCUCUGUAACUUUUUUGUCUAAUUUUUCUCCUUCGUUUGUCUGAAUUUUGUCAUUCCUCCAUUUAUUUAUCAAACUAAAACAACAAAAACAGGAAACUAAACGGGGCUCAGGAUGACAGAGAAAAGUCAUUUUAGGGGAACUCCAGACUUAUUUGUUGCUUUAAAAUAUUUCAAACAUUCUUCUCCUGUGUUUUUAGAUUUGGUCUCAGGACAAGAACAUUUGCAAAACUACUCCAUGUUUUAAUGUGGAUUCUUUGGGAUUUGAUGGAUGAGACGUAAAAUGUCGUCCAGUUCUGGAACGUCUACAUGUAGAACACGCAUGUGAUCAGGUCGUUGUGUUUGUGGGUUCAUCUGUGUGAAAUGAAGCUGUGGUUUCUGAUCAUCAAUAACUAAUAAAUAAAUGCUGUAUUUCUGACAUAUGGAGGAAGAGGA